ACUGAGACGGGAUGUGCUUUGUAAAACUACUAUGAAGUGGCUGGUAUAAAGUGAGCGGUCUUUGGCGGGUUUCUCCCUGUAGGCCUCGAGUUCCAUCGCAGUUUGGACAUUUACCACAGCUACCGCAGCGCUCGACAUGGAUGAGCUUCCAGCAGAACAGAUUCAGCUACUGAAGAAGGCAUUUGACGCCUUCGAUCGUGAAAAGAAGGGAUGCAUCUCCACUGAGAUGGUGGGGACCAUCCUAGAGAUGUUGGGUCACCGGCUGGAUGACGACAUGCUGGCUGAAAUCAUCGCCGAGGUCGAUGCUGAUGGCUCCGGUGAACUGGAAUUUGAGGAGUUCGUCAGUCUGUCAUCCAGGUUCCUGGUUGAAGAAGACGCCGAGGCCAUGCAACAAGAACUUCGAGAGGCUUUCCGGUUGUACGACAAGGAAGGUAACGGCUAUAUCACAACCACUGUGCUGCGUGAGAUUCUGAAGGAGUUGGACGACAAGCUGACCUCAGAGGACCUCGACCUCAUGAUCGAGGAAAUUGACUCCGACGGAUCGGGCACCGUGGACUUCGACGAGUUCAUGGAAGUAAUGACAGGAGAAUGAAACAUUAUUUCAUAUCAACUGACUAUACUCUUUGGCCUACCUCCUUCACUACUGAGCAUUAGGCCACAUUUAAACACAAAUUUAUGUUUUCAGUAAAAGUGUCUAUAUUUUUAUCGCACACUAUUAUGCUCAUCGUACUAGCUGCAUCGUUGUUUUAUACAUAUCAUGUGUUGUUGUUAUACCGUCUGUGGGAUCCUCGUAAUGUGUACAUGUUGUUCUCUCUAACACAGUAUUAUUCUACAUGUGAAAUAAAAGACCUGUCAUCAUUGUACGAUAUAUAUUAUAUGUGCCACUUCCUCUGUAUUAAUGUAUCCUAAAUGUUGUAGAAACUAGUUACAUAAAGUUAGCAUACUGGUAUAUAUGUGAAGUAAGAUGUAUUACCCAAUUUUCGGUCUAUUAGUCUGUACAACAUGCCGGUAUGCUAAUUUUUAUAAAUGUUAUAAAUGUAAAAUUACCUCAUUUCCACAAAUAUGAUUAAUGUAACUGAGAAUAAACGACCAACAUUUACGUAACUGAA